AUUUCCUCAUUCCUCUCUUUACUGAACAGUUUGGGAUUAUCAUGCAUAUAAGGGGGCUCCCCAGCCCUGGUUCAGAGACACAUCCAGAGAAGCAGCAAAGAAGAUUCUGCAAGGCAAGAUGACAGCCCAGAUUGGAUCCCACCUGGCUCUGACAUUACUGGUGGUUGUGUCGGUGGAGAGACUAAGCUUUGGACAGGAGACAGAAGCCAGCUGCUGUGCACAAUUGAAGGGCUUAUCACAGUGUGGAGCAGACAAGAUCUUUCUCCAGGGCCAGGCAGGGCUUCCAGGAAUUCCAGGCAUGCCAGGCACAAAUGGGUUAAUUGGGACUAAGGGUGAUCCAGGCCUUCAGGGGCCCCCAGGUGAGAAAGGCGUUUCUGGGACCGUUGGGAAAGCUGGACCCAAGGGAGAUAAAGGAGACCAAGGUGAAGCAUGCAGUUUGGACACUUCUGCUAGUUGUCAGCAGCAAGAGGCAGGAGCCCGAGACUGCAAGGAACUCUUGGGACGUGGAGAGACCCUGAGUGGCUGGUACACAAUCUACCCUACCACAGGGAAAUCAAUGGUGGUCUUCUGUGACAUGGAGACAGAUGGAGGAGGCUGGCUGGUCUUCCAGAGGCGACAGGAUGGGUCAGUGGAUUUCUAUCGUGGCUGGGAGUCCUACAAGAAAGGCUUUGGGAGCCAAUCCUCAGAGUUCUGGCUAGGCAAUGAUAAAAUCCAUCUUCUCACAAGCUCUGGAGUACAACAGCUGCGAAUUGAUGUGAAGGACUUCAAUGACACUAGAACUUACGCUGCAUAUACCAGUUUCAAAAUCUUGAAUGAGAAAGAGAACUACACACUUCAAGUGGGCUCCUAUUUAGGCGGUAACAUGGGUGAUUCUUUCUCAGGACACCGGGGUAUGGCUUUCUCCACACUAGAUAAAGACAAUGAUACAAAUGAAAAGGGAAGCUGUGCUGUGGCUUACAAAGGUGGCUGGUGGUACAGUGUCUGCCACUCUUCCAACUUGAAUGGCCUGUACCUGAAAGGCGAACACACCUCCUAUGCUAAUGGCAUCAACUGGGCUGCUGGGAAGGGACAUCAUUAUUCUUACAAAUAUGCAGACAUGAAGAUUAGACCUCAAUAGGUCAAACAUCUAUCUGUUCAGACCUGUUAACAGAUCUGCUCAAUGGAUUUCCUAGCAGGCAAACUUUCUUCUGAAUGCUGUGCCUGAAUAUGGUCUCUUAAUGCUGGGUACUGAAAUGGUGAUGCAAGAUCUUUACAAUUGUCUUUUACUGUCUGCAUGUGAGUCAUCAUCCAUAUAAUUCUGCUUUUUAAAUCUCACAAAUGGAGGCCUUACUUGGGGCAUUGACCUGAACAGGGAAAGGCCACUCAGAUGAUGUGCUCCCCUGUCCCUUGCAUAAGGUCUCCUUUCAUUCAGUUUGAGGUGCUACCUACCAUUAUCUUGUACAAUGUCACUUUAGACUAAUUAUGGUUGAUGACUGGCUUAGAACAUCCCCAUUCCCAAAUAAAGCAAUAGUUGCACCUA